AUGAAGAUUCUUCUUAAUCUCUGUAUCUUCUUCUCCAUACUCUUCAUCUCUCUCUCAUCUUCUUACAGCUGCGGUUUAGAUGACAAUAAUGCCCUCCUUCAAAUCAAGAAAUCCCUUAACAACCCUCCACUUCUCUCCUCUUGGAACCCCAAAACCGACUGUUGUACCAGCUGGACCGGCGUCGAAUGCACUGACCGCCGCGUCACCGCCCUAACCAUCUCCUCCGGCAAAAUCUCCGGCCAGAUUCCGGCCCAGAUCGGUGACCUACUUGACCUCCGUACACUCGAUUUCAGUUACCUGACACAUCUCACCGGAAACAUCCCACGAACCAUCACCAAACUCAAGAACCUUGAGAUUCUCCGGUUAAAGAAAACCAGUCUCUCCGGUCCGAUUCCUGAUUACAUCAGCGAACUUAAGAGCGUUACGUUCUUGGACCUUUCCUUUAACCAUUUUACCGGUCCGAUCCCCGGUUCUCUUUCUCUGAUGCCGAAGCUUGAAGCCAUUCAGAUCAACGAUAACAAAUUAACCGGUUCUGUACCGAACUCUUUCGGUUCUUUUGUUGGCAACGUCCCUAAUCUCUACUUGUUUAACAAUAAGCUCUCAGGGAAAAUACCGGAAUCUUUGUCAAAGUACGACUUUAACGCAGUAGAUCUGUCGGGGAACGAGUUCAUAGGAGAUGGUUCGAUGUUAUUCGGACGAAACAAAACAACAAUACGAGUGAAUAUAUCUAGAAACAUGUUCAACUUCGAGCUGUCCAAGAUUAAGUUUGCUAGGACCAUAGUGUCAUUGGAUCUGAGCCAAAACCACAUCUACGGGAAGUUUCCAAAAAGGGAGCUGACUAAGCUACGCCUCGAGCAUUUCAACGUUAGCCACAAUUUUCUCUGCGGACCAAUCCCACAGGGCGGUCUUCUUCAAACCUUUGAACCAUCUGUCUACUCUCACAACAUAUGUCUUUGUGGGGCCCCGCUUAAGGCUUGUUAA